AUGACCCCCACCAAGUGUCACGGGACUCGUCCGAAGGUGGAUGUGAACAAGCUAACCCAGUGCCUCUCACUCUCCCCGUGUUUCAUCCAGCCUCCAGACAACGGGCCUCCUCCUCUCCCCAGCUGCUCUCUCCCAGAGGGAUACUAUGAAGAGGCCGUCCCCCUCAGUCCUGGAAAAGCCCCAGAAUACAUCACUUCCAACUAUGAUUCUGACCAGAUGAGCAGUUCGUAUGAGUCGUAUGACGAGGAGGAGGAGGAUGGGAAGGGGAACAGGGGGAAGAAGAUGCGACACCAGUGGCCGAGCGAGGAGGCCUCCAUGGGUCUGGUCAAGGACGCACGCAUCUGUGCCUUCCUGCUGCGCAAGAAACGCUUCGGCCAGUGGACCAAGCUGCUCUGUGUCAUCAAGGACAACAAGCUGCUGUGCUACAAGUCAUCUAAAGACCAGACACCCCAGAUGGAGCUGCUGUUAUCAGGCUGUAGCAUCACACACGUCCCCAAGGACGGCAAGAAGAAGAAACACGAGCUGAAGAUAGCCCACCAGGGAGCAGAUGCCCUGGUUCUGGCCGUGCAGAGCAAAGAGCAGGCUGAGGAGUGGCUCAAGGUGAUGAGGGAGGUGUGCAGUAAUGGCUGUGACUCAGAUGUAGCAGGGUCUCCUGUGCACAAGCCCGACCUGGAGAAGAAGGUGUUGUGUGAUAGGCCGAGCUCAGACGGAGAGCCGCCCAAUGAGAACGGACACACCGUCACCGACUGUAAGGACCAAGGUAAAGGGAAGAAGGACUCUCAGAAGAGUCAGAAGGGAGGCACGCUGAGUAAAGGGGCGGGGAAGAAGAUCACUAAGAUCAUUGGCUUAGGCAAGAAGAAGCCGUCCACUGACGAACAGACCUCUUCAGCCGAGGAGGACAUACCCACCUGUGGCUACCUGAACGUGCUGUCCAAUAACCGCUGGCGUGAGCGUUGGUGUCGUCUGAAGGACAACCAGCUGCUGCUUCAUAAGGACCGUACUGAUCUGAAGACCCACACGGCCAGCCUGCCCCUCAGAGGCUGCGAGGUCAGCCCGGGACUGGACUCCAAACACCCCUUCGCCUUCCGCCUGCUCCGCAACGGACAGGAGGUGGCUGUACUGGAGGCGUCCUCCUCAGAGGUCAUGGGUCGGUGGCUGGGGAUGCUGCUAGCUGAAACAGGCUCUAUCACAGACCCUGCAGCUUUACAUUAUGAUUACAUAGAUGUAGAGACUACCGCAAACGUUAUCCAGCUGGCCAAGCAGUCCUUCUGCUUCACCAGUAAACGUGCUGUAUCUCCCAACCCUUAUCUGGACAACCCUGCCAACAGUUACGCAUGUCCCUCUGGAAUGGCACUGCACUAUGAUGAUGUGCCCAUCAAUGGAAUGCUGAAGGGAAAAAAGGUCCCAGUGACCAAUGGGACAGCGUCUAAACAGAAGGUGGACAAGAACCAGGCCAAGAAGACCAAUGGAACAACCACCAAUGGAACAGCAUCUGUGAAACGCAACAACUCCAGUGCAGAGCAGUAUAAGUACGGUAAGAACCGUGUGGAGGCGGACGCCAAGAUGCUGCAGGCUAAAGAGGAGGAGCUAAUCAACAGAAAGCAGGACAUCAGGAACCGUCUGACCCAGCUGAAGAAGGACAGGAAAGACCUGCGCACCGCCAUGGAGGCCAGCACCGCUAAGCGCUGCGCUGGGUCCCUGACAGAGCGGCUGAAAAGGGUGGAGGACGAGUGCAAGCUGAAGGAGGACGAGCGGGUGAGCCUGGAGCUGGAGAUGACAGAGGUCAAGGAGAGUCUCAAGAAGGCCCUGAACGGAGGAGUCACUCUGGGACUCACCAUCGAGCCCAAGUCUGGCACCUCCAGCCCACAGUCCCCAGUGUUGCUGAGGCGUACCCAGAGAACUCUCCCCAUCUCCAGCUGUGACACCAGUGACACAGAGAGCUGUUCUACUCUGCCCGUCAACAGUGCCUCCCUCUACGCAGAACGACCAAUCAGAAACCCUCGGCCGUCCCGCGGCCAUGUCCUCAAGAAGGCUAAG